AUGACUUUAUCAGUGGAACAAAUUUCAAAAUUGGAGGAUUCUAAAAUAAGAGCCAAGAAAGUGUAUGAAAAUUAUGAUGAAAAAUUAAAUAAUUUUUUAAAUGAACAAUUGGUUGAAUUAAAGAAACAAAACAACUCAAUUUCAAAUUUUAGUGAGAAUGAAAUUAAAGAUUUGAAAAUUUCAUUCCAAUCAAUUCAAUCUGAAAAAAGUGCCAAAGAACUUUACAGUGAAAUGCCAUUUCCAGAAAUGUGGGAAAUAUUGGGUCUUGCAAUGAGUGCUGAUCCUUCAGGUGUUGCUCCAAUUAUUUUCGGUGCUAUUAAUAUUCUUUUUAAUAGUCUCGGUUUAUUUAAUUCCCAAGAACAAUUCUUUAAACAAAUAAUGGAAGCAGUUGAAAAAUUAAUUGACCAUAAGUUAAGUCAAGAAAGAGAGAGACAAUGUAUAAUUAAAUUCCAACAACUUCAAAAAACUGGCGAUGACUAUUUUGUAUUAGCUGAAGAAUAUUUUUCAAGAAAUGGAAAUAAAAAUGUUAGUCGUAGUAUUAUUCCAAAUGAUAUUCAAGUAAUGACUAAUGAACAACUUAAUUCUUCACUUCAAUUUCAAUUAAUGAUGUAUCGUGAUAAAAUAACUGAUGGUUUAAUUUAUUUUAAGGAAGAAAGUGAAUUAAUUAAUACCAUUGGUUUUUAUAUUUUAACAGCUUCACAAUAUCUUUGUUUACAAAGAGAUUGUCAUCUUUAUGGUAAAGAAUGGGGUUUCAGUGAUUUUGAUGUUGAAGAUGCAAAAAAAAAAAUUCAUGAUUAUACAAUAGAAUUUUUUGAAAUCACUGUUAAAUCAGGUUGGAUGCUUUCCCGUCAUAUUUUUAGAGAAGAAACUUCCCCAAUUAUUGGUUAUUAUAUACCACCAUACUUUAAUGCUGUAAGAAAAUUCAAAAAUGCAGACUUUACCUAUUAUCCUCUUAGAGCAUUUGAUUACCAAAGAAAUAUUGGUGAAAUUCAUUUUAAUUGUGGUGAUGAAAGAGGUUCCCACUUACUUUACCCAGGUUUAAUUGCAGGGUUUUCUCAAGUUACCAAUAGUUUAUCUUCUGGGUUUAGAGGACUUAAUGCAGGAAAUUUAAAUUUACAAGCAACUUUGAUUGUAAAGUUUGAAAGUAUUAAAAAAAGAUCAUUUAAAGUUAAGAUACAUCAUCAUAUUAAUGGCAAUGCUACAUGGGUUGUUGAAAGUGGUCCUGUUUCAGAAGUGUUAAGUUUUAAUCAAGGUACUGAACAAGAAUUUAGAAACUCUUACUUUGUUUAUAAUGAAAAUUUCCAAAAUCCACCACAUGCCACUAAUGAAUCCAAGCUUAUUACAGUAGAAAAUGAACAAGUCAUAUUUAAAUGUAUUAGAUCUAUGAAUGGUGGUACAAAAACUGGGUAUAAUGCAGAUUCAAAACUAUAUUUAAUUGAACUUAUUUUUGAUUAA